AUGGAUGAGCUGGAUCACAAGGUCCAUGGCAGCAGGGUGUUCCCCCUCAUCCACUCCAUGCCCUCGCUGGACCUGUCCCAGGCCGGGAGCAGCCUGCAGAUGGGGCAGGACGCGGGCGGCGAGGAGGAGGUGGCCCCUGCCCGGCGCCCUGCCGACGUCGCGAUCCGGCCCGCCUUCUACUGGGUGGCGGGCGCCGCGGGGCAGGAGGCCAACCCCAGUCAGCGUGCAGCGGCCGCGGCGGCCUCUCGCUGGCUCAAGGCCGACUGCCAGGACGAGGCGGUGGUGCUGGACGGCUUCGCCGGCGUGCCCGGCCAGGCGCUGGCCGCCGCCUGCCUGGAGGUGCACGCCGGGCUGGUGCAGGGCGACGCCGGUCUGGACGCCUCCGCCUCUGGCACCACGGCCUGCGUGGCGCUGCUGGCGGGGCGCCGCCUGCUGGUGGCCAAUGUGGGCGACUCGCGCGCGGUGCUGGUGCGCGCCGGUGCCGGCGGCGGCAACGCGCCGGCGGAGGCGCUGCGCCUGACGCGCGACGCCAAGCCGGACGAUCCCGAGGAGGCGGCGCGCAUCGCGGCGGCGGGGGGCUCGGUGCGCCGCCUGACCGACGACCCCGACGACGUGCCGCGCGUGUUCGCGGCCGACCCCGGGUCCACCACCCCGGGGCUGGCCAUGUCGCGGAGCCUGGGCGACGCCGCGGCGCACACGCUGGGCGUCUGUGCGACGCCGCGCCUGACGGGGCACGUGCUGGAGGAGCGCGACCUGGCCCUGGUCCUGGCCUCCGACGGCGUGUGGGACGUGAUGAGCGACGCCGACGUGGCGGCCUUCGUGGCGCGGUACCGCGCGCUGCGUCUGCCGGGCGUGUCGGUGGGCGAGGCGCUGACGCUGGAGGCGCUGGAGCGCUGGAAGCGCGCGCGCCGCGAGGCCCUGGUCGACGACAUCGCGGCGGUGGUGCUGCACCUGGCGCCGCCGCCGCCGCCGCUGCGCGCCGCGGGGCCGGAGCACUCCUCCUGGGCCGUGCCGCGCGAGCUGGCGGCGGCGGCGGCCAGCAACGAGGAGGCCAACGCCUCCUACGCCGCCUGGCUGGCCGACCCGGCGCUGAACCCCUGCGCCCACGCGCCGCGCGACUACUUCCUGCACCUCUUCGGCACCGCACGCGGCAGCGUCGCGCGGCACGCCGCCGCCGCGCUGCUGGGCGCCACGCCCUUUGACCGCGGCGACGCGGGGCUGUUCGACACGCGCAGCCACCUGCGCCUGGGCGUCGGGGGCGAACGCGGGAGCAGCGCGGGGCUGAGCGCGGAGCCGAGCCCGGGCCUGAACCGGGAGCCGAGCCCGGGCCUGAACCGGGAGCCGAGCCUGGGUCUGAACCGGGAGCCGAGCCUUGGUCUGGGCGGGGAGCGGGAGGCGUCUCAGGCCACGCCGCCCUCGCCGGGGGGGCUCUCCAGCGUGUCUAACGAGGAGGUCCUGAGGCCCAUCCGCAGGGAUACCCACCUGCAGCACCGCACGCCACCGCAGGCCUACCCCUCCUCGGGGGACACCAGCCUCCUGGAGUCGCGCUCGUCGGCGCGAGACAUCCUGCAGUGGGGCUCCCACGAGGGCAAGGUCCGGGGGGGGCUCCCCACCAGCAUGUCGGGCUCCCUCUCCAGGCUGGGCUCUGAGGGCUCCAUGGCCGCCGCUGCGUGGCGGGCCAGCAGCCUGGACGACCGCCAUGCGGCGCUGGAGUCUUCCUGCAGCCUGCAGCCGCACAGCGGCUCGCCCCUGGCCUCGGCCCUGGCCGCGUCCCUGGCCAGCCCGGAGCCCAGCCCCGUGUCCUCGGAGGCCCUAAUGCCCGUGCGCCCCUGCUCGCGGCACUCGGGGGCGCUGGACAUCGGCACCAGGCCGGGGCUGGGGCGCGGCGCCGUUGCGCAGCGGUGA